AUGUCUCAAGCCGACGCAAAGCCUCUGCCUUUCGUCUACCAGUUCGCGGCUGGUGCCGUGGCUGGUGUGUCUGAAAUUCUGAUCAUGUACCCGCUAGACGUUGUCAAGACCCGAGUACAACUCCAGACGGGCAAGGCAGUCGGUGACGAGGGCUACAAUGGCAUGGUGGAUUGCUUCAGGAAGAUCAUCAAGAACGAGGGUUUCUCAAGAUUGUACCGCGGCAUCUCCGCCCCCAUUCUCAUGGAAGCCCCCAAGAGGGCCACCAAGUUCGCAGCAAACGAUUCAUGGGGCUCAUUCUACCGCAACCUCUUCGGCAAAGACAAGAUGAACCAAUCCCUCUCCAUCCUCACGGGCGCCACCGCCGGAGCCACGGAAUCCUUCGUCGUCGUCCCCUUCGAGCUCGUCAAGAUCCGCCUCCAAGACAAGGCCCAAGCGCACAAGUACAACGGCAUGAUGGACUGCGUCAUGAAGAUUGUCCGGCAAGAAGGUCCCCUCACCCUCUACCAAGGCCUCGAGUCCACCAUGUGGCGCCAUAUUCUCUGGAACGCCGGCUACUUUGGCUGCAUCUUCCAGGUUCGCGCCCUCUUACCCGCCGCCCCGGAUAAAAAGGGCCAAAUCACAAACGACCUGCUCUCCGGCGCCGUCGGCGGAACCGUCGGUACCCUCCUCAACACCCCCAUGGACGUGGUCAAGUCGCGGAUCCAAAACUCCCCCAAGAUCGCAGGCACAACGCCAAAGUACAACUGGGCCUGGCCUGCACUCGGCACUGUCAUGAAGGAAGAAGGCUUUCCGGCCCUGUACAAGGGCUUCUUGCCCAAGGUUCUGCGCUUGGGUCCCGGUGGUGGUAUCUUGCUCGUCGUCUUCACCGGUGUCAUGGACUUUUUCCGCAACAUGCGCGAGGGGAAGUAG